GCGCCUGCGCCGCCGGCUCCAGCAGCCCGGGGAGGCCCCAGCGCAGCGACCUUCCGGCCCAGACCCCGGACGCCUGGGUCCCGCGUCCGGCCGCUGGGGCGCUCGCUGCACCCGGUCCCCGGGCGGCAGGAGCCCGUUACAGGGCAGCCCGGUCCCCGCCCCUGGGCUGUGCGCGGGGCCCCGCUGCGCCUUGGGGAGCUGGGAGCCCGGACUCCUGGGUUCUCUCCCGGCUCUGGGCGGGGAGCGGGGACUAGUAGGUACAAGAGGGCCCAGGCCCGGGUGUGCAGCGUGUGUGUCACAGAAAGAGACGGGUCGGGCUGUGUGACGGUGUGUGUGUGUUACAGCGGCUCGUAUCCCCGGCUGCUGUGUAAUGUGUGUGUGUUAGAGGAGGCCAGUGUAUGUGUGAGCGUGACAGGAGCUCACACUUGCCUGUAGUGUGUGUGUGUGUUUCAGGGGGGCUGAGCAGUGUGUGUGUUGUGUGUGUGUGACAGGAGGUCCCACCCAGCUGUCUGUGUGUGUUUCUGGAGCUCACACCCAUGUCCCUGCCCAGCGCCAUGGGGAGGGCAGCUGCCCCAUACAGAUGUUGUGUUCUGACCUCGGUGCUGGCGCCCAGGCUGGCUGCCCCUGCCCCCCGCUCAUCGUGCCGGGCCGUGCACACCACAGGGGCCACCCCCGCUGGCCACAACAAAUGGUCCAAGGUGAAGCACAUCAAGGGCCCGCGGGACGCCGAGCGCAGCCGGCUCUUCCAGAAACUCGCCAUGCUGCUGCGCUUCGCUGUGAAAGAGGGGGGACCCAACCCUGAUCACAACACCAACCUGGCCAACAUCAUCGAGCAGUGCCGGAGCAAGAGCAUGCCCAAAGCAUCCAUUGAGGCGGCUAUCAAGGGAGGGGACAAAGGGAAGAGCUCCUCGUACCUGCUCUACGAAGCCAGAGGCCCUGGGGGAUCUGCGCUGCUCAUUGAGGUGCUGACGGACAAUGCAAAGCGAGCCUACCAGGAUAUCCGGCUCAUCCUGAGCCGCAAUGGGGCGCAGAUGUCCGAGGGGGCCCGGCACAGCUUUGACAAGAAGGGGGUGAUCACAGUCAGUGGGCAGGACUGUCAGCAGAGGCCAGUGGCCCUGGAGCAGGCCCUGGAGCUGGCGAUCGAGGCCGGGGCCCAGGACGUGUGGGAAGAAGAUGAGGAGGAGGAGCGAGCAGUUCUGAAGUUUGUGUGUGAGGUGCCAUCGCUGCACCAGGUGCGGGAGAAGCUGGACUCACGGGGGCUACAGUCGCUCUCCACUGCCCUGGAGUUCAUCCCCAAUGCCAGGGUGCGGCUGUCAGAUGAGGAGAUGGAGCGGGCAUCCCAGCUGCUGGCCACGCUGGGCGACUGCCAGGAGGUGAUCCGGGUCUACGACAACAUCGAGUAGGGGCCAGCGCAGGGGGGCAGCAGAUGGAAAUCCGCCCAGAUAGAUGGUGGCCAGGCAUGUCGUUCCCAGCUUGGCCUAGUCCUGGCCUAAGAUCAGCCCAUAUGGAGGGCAACGGUUGACAGCCUGAGAUCCUCUCAUAUGGAGGGCAACCUGUGUGUGGUUCAAAGCUUGGCCUAGUCCAUUGGAUCAGGAGCCCCUGGGGCAACAAGUUCAGGACUCUGCCUCAUCCUGCCCUGGGAUUGGACCGCUGAACUCCACAUGGUUUAGGGCUCAGCCCAAGAUCGGGCUUAAUUUGAGAUUUCUUCCCAGGUUGAACCAUCCCCAUGGCUGUUGGGCCAUUAGUAACAGGUGCAGCUCUCUAGGUGCCAGCACUGGGUGCAGUCUGGUGGCCCUCUCAGGAGCAGAAGCCCUUGCUCCUGAGGAUGAGGCGUGUUCUCUGAGGCACCUUAUGGCUCUUAACUCCGUCCCCUGGGAUUCGUGACCUGAAUGCCUCGGCUCCCCUCUUGAAUCUGAUCCAGCAGGCCUUCUGCAGUAAGCAUGAUGCGCUGGCACGUCCCCCUCCCCUUGCCUCUCUCCCACCGUGGUGGGUGGAGGGAGCUUCCUCUGCACCCAUGCAGCACCGAAUGCUCCGUGGAUAAAGAGUAACAGUGUGCCAAGGCGAUGACAACCUACGGACUUAACACCUCCCUGUUGUGUGACCCCCUGUUCGCACCCCCAGCAGGAGAACAACAGGGAGUGCACCCCACCCUCCAAAUGUACUGUCCAGGGCGGGCUGCCUUUCCCUUACACUGCUUAAUAAAUGGUUUGCUUGUCA